AUGGGUUGUGGACUCUCCAAGCACGAGCGCCCUGGUGAGGCCAACUACGUUGGCACUGAGCUCAUCCGCAUGGCUCCUCCAACCCGUCGUCCUGGCUUCCGCCCUGACACCUCUCCUGUUCGUGGCCGGGCCACUUCUCUUCCUGCUAUGCCAGUCUAUCCCCCCAUGUACGAGCAUAUCAAUGCUGGUCUUCAGGGGAUGGCCCGUCCCACCACUUCUUCCGGCAUCCCUCGUGUUGCCACACUCCCUCGUAUCGACAUCACUCAUGAUGUGAUCGUUGAGCAGGACGAGGCUCCUGCUGGCACUGCCACCGAGCAGGCCAACGACGCCGGCACCCAGGCAACCACUACCACUUCCGUUGAAGCUGGUGCCAAGGUUGCUACUGGCACUCCCAAGGAGGCCAUUUAG